AUCGCUAGAGAAAUGUUUUUUUUUUUAAUGUGAGAAAGAACAUGAAUUUUAUUUGCGUAACGCACUGUAUUUUCCCACAUCGCUUAUCGGGGUUGCGUGAUAUCGAAUGCUCGCUACGUGGUCACUCACCGCGUGCGUGAGAGCAGCGACACUCACGAUGCGCGACGAUUCGGUGAAGCUUUCGGCGGUUGCUAGGUAGCAGCGAUGGAGACGCAUGGUGAUUCUAGUGCUGCCGAUGACCGAUUCUCAAAACUGAAGUUGUGUUCAAGCGUGCUACGGGCGGAACGAGGAUGGAACUCAACAUCCUGACACGAACACCAGCACCAAAAACCGGAAGUAUGUUUCUCGGUCAGAGGAAAACUCACAAGGAAGGAGUCACUCCGCUGUCAGUCGGUAAACGUACGGGUAACGAAUCGGUAGUGGUCGUCGCCCGUCGUCGUGGUGGUGUGUGCGCUCUCGCAGUCCAUGGCAUCCGGAGAGGUGCGUGCAGAGGUGUGGGAUAGCUGAGUGGGAUAAUAAUGAAAAAGAACUGUUCAGCGAUCCAGGGAACGAUGAGCGCGCAAAGGAUGUAAGAAGAAAAGUGUUAUUACCACCAGGAGACGGCUAGUGUAAAUGUGAUAAACGCUCCCGGAACGACACCCGGAUUCCUUGGCACACGCAGACACAAGGCGACCCUCUGCCACCAGUAUCGAUUAUGCGUAUCGCGUGAGGGAAAAGCAACGAGUACGAUCCAAGCAAGCGGUGGCCACCAGAACGUUGACAACGGAGCAACGAGUCCGCUGCUGGUGCUGCUGGUGCUGGUGUCGCUGGUGUUGCUGAUGGACGGGAGAGUCUGGUGACCUAAAAGCUUGCCAACGAAAAGCGCUUUGCUCUGUGCGUGUGUAUGUGGUGUGUACCGCGUGUCUACGGUCGUCUGUCUUCCCUUAGUACGUGUUUCGUGGUGUGAGUGUGUGUACACCAGUUGAUGUGUUUACUGUACAGGAUAAAGAGCGCGGUGCGUGAAGAAAAUGGAGACGGGUUAAUGGUGAGAUGUGAACCGACUGAUAGUGCGGCUAUUUUUAAUUGAAUCCUCCUUCCCGGUGAACUGAGCCCGCGAUUCCUGGUGCCUCGCUAUCCUCGCUCCGCAUCCUUGGCUAGCUCCCGUUCCACUGUGCUACACAUCCAUCCGGAAUCGAGUUCGCGACUCGCUGGGUCCUCCGACCGGACCACCGACGACAUCAUCAUGCUACAAUCAAGCAUAAUACUUCCGGCGCUGCUGCUGCUGUUGCUGUUGCUGCAAUUUCCCAGUCAGCUACAUGGUGAAGGAAUACGGGCCAAAUUCGCCAACUACGAAACGAAGUUCAUAAACGACUUCAUCAACUUCACCCGCCCGGCCGGAGAUAUCAUGGAACCGAUCUACUACGAUUACGACGGCGGCACUAAAACGUCAGACUACGAAACGGGCAUGACACUGGGUGGCAUACCGAUUCCGGAGGAAACACCGGGCCGCUCGGCUUUGGCAGCUGGAGAAGUAACGCGACCGCCGGACAUUUUUCCCGAUCCGGACAAAAUUUACGCUUCCUUCAUUAACAAGAGUACGAUGAAGCGGAACCGAUACCCUGGGGAGGAGAAUGUGAUAAAAGUGUAUUCCUCGAAAUCCUUACGCAAAUCGCCACAGGCACACACGACCGAGGAUGAGAGUUCCUUCGAUAACAUAAACAACGACAUGAAGGGGCACGAUUUCAUCGACAACAUCAUGUACAUCUACUACGGUACCAAUGGGAAUCUGCGCAAGGAUCUCGGCGGCAAUGUGAUCGUGAUCGGGGCCGUCUUUGCGCUCGCCCCUCAGAUACUGACCAUCAUCAUACUGUUCCUGCGAAAUCGACGUCUCCGUCACUUUAAUGCGUUCUAUCCGAUCUGCCUGAACCUGCUGCUGGCGCUGAUCGCAUCGAAUUUGUCCUUCAUUUUGGGCGUGCAGGCAACGCGAAAUGUGAUCCGGUGUGAGCUGAUUGCACUGCUGCUGCACUAUUUGCAUCUGAGUACGAGCAUCUGGUGCUUCAUCUACAUCUACGUGAUCUACGAUCUGAUUGCGAACGAGUGUACGCCGAAGCUGAAGUACCACUACCUGAUGGGGUACGGCAUUCCGGCGGUGUACGUUUUGUUCUCGUACGCCUCCUCUAUCGAUCGGUUCGAGGUGCAUCGUUACUGCUGGAUGUCGAUCCAGAAGGGUAUGAUCGUGAGUUUCAUGGUGCCGAUCUCGUUCCUCAUCAUACUGACCACCGUGCUGGGAACGCUGAGCCUCAAGCGUAUCUCCACCAAGCAGACGGAGCUGCUGUGCGAAAGCAUUGAAAGCAUAAUCGAAACGACGUCCAAGUGUAACGACAUUAUCUAUCCCCGAUUACCGUCGUUGGCUGGCGUUAACAUGGCUAUGGUGUGCCGAAGCAAUAGCUAUCCACAGCUGGAACAGGUGAAGGAUCGUAACGCGGUGUGCUGCCAGGAGUACGCUGAUUGUGCCAAUCGUCACUCGGUGGUCACAUUGCCACAGCCAGUCACUACCGCCGGAAUGUCCACCGCCGCGGCCGUCAGUCAGUAUGCGAUGAACGCAACGAAGCGUUCGUUCGAUUGUUACGACACAAGGAUCGAUUUGGGACAGCUGUCCCUGGCGGAGCUAACCACACCGAGCAUGGCGUCGGAUGUGCAGGACUUUACCGAGUUCAAGAAGGCGAUCAAGUUCGGGCUGUUCUUCCAGCCGAUCUUCUCCGUGUGCUGGUUCCUGGAGGUGAUCGCACUGGAGAAUGUGCACUCGUGCGUGAUGCCGGUAAUAUUCGCCAUCAGUUUCAAUAUUCUGAACUGGUGCAUGCUGGUACGCUCCUCGAACGUUUGUCCGUACGUGAGCUCCACGAUGGAGAAAACGCUGGAAAGCCAGCAGGCAGCAUCGUGUGGCGAGUCGCUGAACGGUACGAUUGGCCCCGGUGGUGAUAACGACCCCACGCAGACAAGCGUCUGCACCGAUACGAUUCCAUUGCUUUGUGCUUCCAACAGUGGAUCCACUGUCAUCAGUCCGAGUUCUACCGUUUGCGCUUCGCUGAAGGGUUCCGGCGCGACGGUUGCUACCGUACCGCGCAAGUUCUCGGCCACUUCCAUCACCGACGACCAGCAGCAGCAGCAGCAACCACUGUUCUACAGUAACUUCAUCGGAACAACCAACGUGCCCAUGUCCUGGGAGUCGAGCAUCGAUUUGGGUGCUUACCAUUUGCACGAAACGAAGAAUGCUGACUGUAUCAGUACGAUCAGCAAUUGAGACGAUCGUCCGUAUGGGGACGUUUGGUGAAGAACUUUUUGUGUGCGGGAAUUGUAACGAUCGCGUGAAGAGCGUUGACUAAAAAGGGAAAUUGUUGGAACUGGAACCAUAUCAAGGCACGAUACUACUAGCAAGUUGUGAAACACGUUGAUGGCUACGGUCGUGGGCUGAUCCUAGAUCGGCUGCGGACGGUACCAUUUAGUUUUGUGAUAACGGUGUAGCGGAUAGAUUGUUCCCGAUCUGUCACCGGAUCGUUUCUCUAGAUGCAUUGCCUAUAUGCGGUAGCAUUUCUCCUCUUUACCAGUUGUCAACACUUACCAGUACCAUUUAAAAGUCUAUAUAAUAUGAAGUGAGAGAGUAGUUCUUGAAUGGCAAAGGUGGAGAUCUUUAGACCACGUUGUUCUCAUUUUGAAAACUGUUUUAGCCUUUAAGGCACACUAACGUUCUUUCAAGCUUAAAUUGAAGGCUAAUUUGCACAAGUUUAAGCAUUUUUCCGGAAACAGUAUUUAUUGAAUUUGCAUAUUUAUUGUAAAUAUUGUAGCUUAUUAACUUUAGUGGUUUCUAUUCCGUUGGCGAUUAAUAUUGUAACACAAUUCUGUUCACAAAUGUUGAUCUCCAAGUAAUUGUUUCUCUAAAUCAACAAAGGCAAGAAGCAAUUUUUAUUCAGGAUCAUGUAUCCAAACAACACCACGCUUCACCAGUGCGGUGAACGUUUUAAGCAAUAUCUUACAUCUUGAGCGAUGAAGAGUUUGAGCAAUCUGGUUAUUCGCAGGAGAAGCUGCGCAACGAAUAUCACGUUUUAACUCCUUCAAUCAAUACACAACUGUUACAAUGCGUCUAGAAAUGAUGAUAGAGUCAGGACAUUGGGACAUUAUUAACACACUUUGAGGAGUACGUUGCGGACGACACUAGCAAUGAAGGACGGAAGGCAGGAGGACCAUAAACUAUCCUUACGCAAAAACACUCCAAACAGCAACGCGUGUCCUCCAAACAUAUGAUAUCAGGUUGGGGUUUCCGCAGGGGAAACCGAACGAGCAGCAUGUGAAGUUUCCUUUUAUUGGUGCUUUGCCACUGAUAGUACAAACGAUAUUCUAACACAAAUCAGCAAAUAACAUACCGCUGCUCGAAAGAUCUGUGAGCGUGUGUGGACUUCCGAGCUCUUCCCGGAAGGAGGAGGAGCGGAAAGAGCGCGAGAAGCGACUAAAAAUCAAUCAUCAUUGUGAACGACCGUCUUAAUCGAAGAUAUCAAUUUAUACUACUACCCCCCAACCCAAUCGCUGGCUGCGCGGGCUGUAGCUUGAGGUCCGGCCAGCGUUUCACAUAAUCCAUUUCAAGUCUACUAGAGCGUGUUGUAAUUAGCGAAACUCAUAUGCACAAGCAAACAAACACCGAGAGAGAGAGAGAGACAGACACACACUUUUUACUCCUAUAACUUGUUUAUCCAGUUUGAACAAAAAUUGUAGCCACGCCAUCGUAUGGUGGAUACUUAGGAUGCAGCUAUUGGAGCUAUCCAAAUUUGUAGCCAGAAGUGCAGGGCCAUCGAUAUCCCUUGAAGACGAACGAAAAAAAAGAAACCUACAAAACGGUGACUUUGUGAUGCUUUUUGCAUAAGUUUAGGCGCGUUUUUUCACUUACCGGUGACAGAUACGCCUAAAGGUAUGCAAUGUGCUUCACAAUGCUUCACGCACCUGUCAACGCAGGGAAGGGAUGCGACAGAAGAAAACAAAAACUUUGAAGAAUACCGAUUUCCAUCUCCUGUGGUCGUGUUCCAAGUAUUGAGAGUCAAGCAAACGUAGUGACGAAACUCUAUUUCUCGAAGGUGAAGUAUCCUAGUGAUAAUAUUUACAUUGAAAUAAAGGUAUUAGACCAGCGUAGCGUACCAAA